GAGCCUUUACUGAUUCAAACAUGAAGUUCCUUAUUGCCCUGCUCGUCGCCGCCGUCGUCGGCUGCACCAUGGCUGGCCACCUGGGAGGUCUCGGUUACGGAUACGGUGGAGGUUACGGAUACGGUGGAGGUCACGGAUACGGCGGAGGCUACGGAUACGGAGGAUACGGCCACUAUCCAGUCGGCAGGGCGUUCUCCUAUGGCUCGAAAAUUAGCCACGGAAGCUACAAAGGAUACGGUGGUCUCGGAUACGGUGGAUACGGCCUCGGUGGACACGGUUAUUACGGUUGAGAUUUCCAGAGGUUGUUGAGCCCCAAAACGCUAGUUCAGCGCAGCCAUGCUAGGAAUUCAUUCCGGAUAGCCGAGUGAAAGAGAGGGUUAGGUACUCAACAUGUAAAAAAAGAAAAAUAAAAUGUCUUUUUUCAUGAUU